GCACGAAGCGACACCGAGCUCGCCGAACUCAACUUUGACCCGUCCCUAUCCCAAACCUCUGUUUUCUUUCGUGGCCGCGGCUCCACAUCGACACAGCACAGAACCUCUGGCACAAUGUCGGACUCAAUUGACCGAGUGUUCGUCCAUGCCCUCAACACGGUCAAGAAGAUCCCCAAGACCGGGGCCGCCCGGCCGCCACCGUCCGACCGCAUGCGCCUUUACGGUCUCUACAAGCAGGCCAUGGAAGGCGACGUCGACGGCGUCAUGGAACGGCCCACGGCGACGAGCUCGGGCAACAGUGAGGACCUCGUGCGCGAGCAGGACAAGUGGGACGCGUGGAACUCUCAGAAGGGCCUGAGCCGCACCGAGGCCAAGCGCCGCUACGUUGAGGCGUUGAUUGAGACCAUGCACAAGUACGCCAACACGCCCAACGCGCUCGAGCUGGUUGCCGAGCUCGAGUUCGUGUGGAACCAGGUCAAGAGCAACAGCCCCAGCGCGGCGGGGUCCUCGUCGGAACGAAGCGGCGGCGGCGGGACUGGGGCACAGCGGGGUGGUGUUGGCGGCGCCGGCGGCAUCAUUCCUAGUCCCGUGGUGAGGCGGUUCCAGGCACCAUUGAGCGGGAGCGAAGGCCCGAUGAAGGUGCUUAGUCCGAUGAGCGAGGAGGACGAGUCGGAGCGGCGCAUGGCCGAGCUGGCGGACCAGGCGGACGACGAUCCUGGCGAGUACGCACGGCGGCAGGACCAGAGGUCGAAGCGGAUGGAGCGGGCCAUUGUCAGACUGUCGGCCGAGAUCGCGGCGCUGCGUGAGCAGAUCGCUACAGGCCGCGAGUGGAGAGCUCGCAGGGAAAGGGGCGUCUUCGCAUGGCUUGGCUGGAUCUUCUGGGCGGUCGCCAAACACAUCACGGUCGACAUCGCGCUUUUGCUCCUGCUACUUAUAUGGAUGCGGAAGAGGAGGGAUCGGCGGUUGGAAGACAACGUGCGAGCCAUCUUCCGGAUCGCGCGAGAAUAUGUCAGCGGCAUUUUGCCGCCUCGAUGAAGCGCCGCUCAAUGCGUGGUGUGCCUUAGCAGCUCCCCAUGCUCCUUCUACCUGGGCCUAACCAGCAUCCGGGAGAUUCACGGCCCAGGCGAUUCGCGCCAGACGCGGUGAAAGCGAUGGCAUUCGAUAUCCCGAAACGCUACGGCAAGUCGUCCGGGCGUCAGACUAGCCGAGUCAAGGCUACACUCGCGUCCGAGACCCUCGAGCGACGGGACCGUUGCGGGUUAUCGAAACUACUCAGUCUCAGUUGCGGCAAAAUCGGCCGUACUU